UCUCCGGUGAGGUGGCCGCCAUCUUUUCUCUGGUUUCUAAUGGCGAACAACAACGCGGCGGCCCUUGCUGGGACCCCGCAACCUCCUCAGACUGGGGGUGGAGGAAACAAGUCGGCAUCUUCUGGGAAGCCCGGGAAUGUUUUACCGCUAUGGGGUAACGAAAAGACUAUGAACCUGAAUCCUAUGAUCCUGACCAACAUUCUGUCCUCCCCUUACUUCAAGGUGCAGCUGUACGAGCUCAAAACGUACCAUGAGGUCGUGGACGAAAUCUACUUUAAGGUGACCCAUGUUGAGCCUUGGGAGAAGGGUAGCAGGAAAACUGCUGGACAGACAGGGAUGUGCGGAGGGGUGCGAGGGGUUGGCACAGGUGGUAUUGUGUCGACUGCAUUCUGCCUCCUCUAUAAGCUGUUCACAUUGAAGCUGACUAGAAAGCAAGUGAUGGGUCUCAUCACACACACAGACUCCCCAUACAUCAGAGCACUUGGAUUCAUGUACAUAAGGUAUACACAACCACCUGCAGACCUUUGGGACUGGUAUGAAGAUUUCCUAGAUGACGAAGAGGACUUGGAUGUGAAGGCAGGUGGAGGCUGUGUAAUGACAAUAGGGGAAAUGCUGCGUUCUUUCCUCACCAAGCUGGAGUGGUUUUCUACCCUAUUUCCAAGGAUACCUGUUCCAGUGCAGAAGCAGAUAGACCAGCAGAUCAAAACCAAGCCGCGGAAAAUAAAAAAGGAAGGAGAUGAAGUGGCUGAGGAAGUGGAACGGCAUGCUGAAAGAAGGCGCUCCAGGUCUCUUAAAAGGUCAUUAAGUCCCCGAAGAUCACCUAGACGAUCGAGAAGCAGGAGUCAUCAUAGGGAACAUCAGAGCUCCACCAGCUUUGACAGAGAUUUGGAAAGAGAGAGGGAGCGUCAAAGGUUGGAGCGAGAAUCCAAAGAUAAACACAGGUCAAGAAGUAACGACCAAGGAACGGAACGUAGAAGAAGCAGAAGCAAGGAUCGGCACAGGACACGGAGCCGAAGCAGAGACCGUAAAACAGACAGGAGAGAGAAAGACCGAGAGAAAGAAAAUGAGAGGAGUAGAAAGCGGGACUAUGACAGAAAGGGUAAUGGCAAGGAUACUGAUAGAACACGGGAAAGAUCAAGAGAGCGUAGAAGGAGUGAGGAGAGGAAAGAGAGGGAUGAAAAGAGGCACCGAGAAGAUUCUCGUAGAGAAAGAAGGCACAGCAGGAGUAAAAGUAGAGACAGGAAGCAGAAGAAGAGCAGUAGGAGUCCCAGCAAGAAUGCGCGUGGCCGAAGUCGCAGCCGAGAGAAGUCAAACCGUCACAAGGACAAAACUUACAAGCGUAGUAGGAGCCGAAGCCCAGCCGAUGCAGAGAAGUCCAGAAAACGAGAACGUAGUUCUAGCAGGGAAAAACCACGAAAACGUAGUAGGAGCAAGGAACGAGGGCAGAAGCGUGACCUUGAGACAAAGGACCAUGAAUCCCAUAGUUCUGACCUUGAGGAUAAACAUGGAGGCAAAGAUGAGACUCUGUGACACUGAAUAAGCGGAUCACAUUGAAUCCUUUUUGUUUUUUUGGUUUUUUUUCCCCCAACAGUCUUUCUUUUUCAAAGUCCAAACCUGUUCUGUAACGGUCUUGAAGUUUUUAAAUAUAAGGGUUUGGUUUCAUAUUUUCUUUAGGCAAAAAAAGGUUCAUUCCACAGUUCGUGUAGGGAAGUGCCUUUUGGGAAUCCCUUGUGCAUUGGAUGCAAAGCUUCCUUCCCUGUGUUUGCUGAAGCUCCAAUGCGACUAUUGCAUUUUUAUCAGUUCACUGUUCUAGAAAUGUAUGGCUUAUACACAAAAAGCCCUGAUGUUUUAAUUCCUUUUCUGACACAAUAGAGCUACCGGUUCAGUUAAACUUGCCAUUUGUUCUACUGCUUGUGAGGUUGCAAUUUCCUCCUGAUGCUGAAUGCAUGGCUUAGCUGAUAUUUUGUUAGAAUGCCUGUUUUUUUGUUUUCUAAAACCUAUAUGAAUGCAGAUCUCAAAUUUGAAUUUUGUGUUGUAAAAUUGUAAACUUUUUUAAAAAAAAUACAUUUUGAUCUAUUA